CAGACCUUGAAGUUGACUUUUUCUUGUUUAUCAGGCAAAACAGUCAAAUUAAUAAUUUUGUAUUUCUUUCAGGCACAAUGUUAAAUUCCUUGUGGCUCAUUCUCAUGCUAGAUUUCGGAAAUGGACCUUCAGUCGAAGCUUUUCUGAGGUUGAUGAAUGGUAUCGGCUUUUGUUCUGGACGAGUGGAGGUUCUCUAUAAUGGAACAUGGGGAACAGUGUGUGAUGAUGGCUGGGAUCUGUCAGAUGCUGCAGUGGUGUGUAGAGAGAUGGGCUGUGGGAAUGUGAUAGAGGCAAAGAGUGUUGCUUAUUUUGGACAAGGAUCAGGACAGAUAUGGAUGGAUGAUGUAAAUUGCGCUGGCACUGAGUCCUCACUAAAGAACUGUAGGACAAGUGGAUGGGGAAUACACAACUGUGGACAUCAUGAAGACGCUGGAGUCAUCUGUGAAGCCUUUAUUAGGUUGGUAAAUGGCAUUGACUCCUGUUCUGGACGAGUGGAGGUUCUCUAUAAUGGAACAUGGGGAACAGUGUGUGAUGAUGGCUGGGAUCUGUCAGAUGCUGCAGUGGUGUGUAAAGAAUUGGACUGUGGGAAUGUGAUAGAGGCAAAUAGUGCUGCUUAUUUUGGACAAGGAUCAGGACCUGUAUGGAUGGGUGCUGCACAAUGUACUGGGAUUGAGGCCUCAUUGAUAAACUGUACAUCAACAAGAUGGGGAAUACAGAGCUGUGAACAUUUAAAAGAUGCUGGAGCCACUUGUAAUAAUGUGAAGCUGGUGAAUGGUUUCAGUGCAUGUGAAGGAAGAGUUCAGAUUCGGCAUCGUGAGCAGUGGGGCGCAGUGUGUUACUCUGGUUGGGAUGUAGAAGAUGCUACAGUGUUGUGUCAAGAGCUGGACUGUGGAGAAAUUGCAGAGCCAAAGGCGUAUGUGGGUCCCUCAGUCGGGAAAAUAUGGAUGAAUAAUGUGACCUGUACUGGAAAUGAGCGGACUGUGAGGGACUGUCCUUUUACUGGAUGGGGUGUGAGCAGUUGUUUGAAUACGCUUCAUGCGGGAGUUUCUUGCCAAAAAACUGUGAGACGAGUUGUGGUGAGGAUUAUGGUGAAGACCAAGAUUGAAGUCAAUGUCAAUGACCCACAAAUCAAGAAGGAUCUUUUGGACAAGAUAAGGAAAGUGGUACAAAUUACAGGGAAGUAUAGUGUGAACUGGAGAACACAGCCUGAUGAGCAGGUAUUUCACAAACAGAAAACAGCCACAGGUCCUUUUUGAAUGACAGAAAAGCACGAAAACACAGACUCUAACCCUAAUUAUGAUAAAGUAAUGCUAUUUUCUCUGUUGCUUCACUGUCUUAUAAUCAAAAGUCAUCAAAAAACGUUCUAGGUGGGGCUCAAGUAACACUAAGAGCUAGUCAAUCAAAUCAGACCUUCCCACAUAAUUUGCCUGAGAACGAAAUGCCUCAUGAAAGAGAUGCCUUAUAUUUACAGCUCUUUUAAACAUUAGAAUAAUGAAUAUUAUAUAUGUGGAAAUGAAAUGUGUAUAUAAUGUACGGGUGCUUCCUGGUGUCAGAGAGAGACCAAAGUGAAAUAA